AUGAUUCCUGUUGGCUGGAGAAAUUAUCUUUUCGGUAGUUCUUUGAUAUUUUUAUGUUGCCCAUGUUGUUUUUUACCAUUAUUUCUUAAUUUAUUUGGUAUUGGAUGUGCUGGAUUAAAUACUUUUCUUUUACCCUAUCGACCUAUAUUCAUUUCACUUAGUAUUAUUUCAUUAACUUAUUCAUAUUUUCGUUAUCGUCCAUCAAAAUGGCAUUUUACAAUGAUUAUUAUUUUAGCAUUGUUUCUAAUAUUUUCACCUGAUAUUCUUCGAAUAUAUAAUAAUCAAUUAUCUACAAAUGAUACAUUAGAUAAAAAUGUUAUUAUAACACAUUGGCAAAUAAUUGGAAUGCAUUGUGAAUCAUGUCGUUUAGCUGCUAUUCGAUCAUUACAAAAAAUCAAUGGAAUUCUUAGUGUUAAUGUUGAUCUUGAUUCUGGUCAAGCUGAUUUAAUAACACAUGUUCCUAUUGAGGAUGAUAUAAUUAUUCAAGCUGUACAAUCAGCUGGUUUUCAAGCUUAUAAAAUGAUAUGA